AAUAGGAAUGGGUACAAGUUUAUUGUACGUGGUUUUGAUUAUUGGAGGAAUAAUAUCUAGUUCAUAUGGUCAGCUAAGUCGAACAUUUUACGAUGAAACAUGUCCAGAUGUGACCAAUAUUAUCCAAAAUAUCGUUGCUGAUGUUCUCCACAACUCCGAUCCUCGAAUCGGUGCCAGCCUCAUUAGGCUUCAUUUCCACGAUUGUUUCGUUCAUGGUUGUGAUGGAUCGUUGUUGUUGGAUAAUGACACAGCAAAUGGAAUAGUGACUGAGAAGGAUGCUGGGCCAAACAUAAACUCAGUGAGAGGAUUUGAGGUUGUGGAUAGAAUCAAGGCUGCCUUGGAGGAAGCUUGCCCUGCUACUGUUUCAUGCGCUGAUCUUCUUACAAUCGCUUCUGAGCGAUCUGUUUUUCUGUCAGGAGGUCCACCAUGGACAAACCUAGUAGGAAGAAGAGAUGGAAGAAUAGCCAAUCAAACAGGUGCCAACAUCUUACUUCCAGCUCCUUUUGAAACCCUAGAUGUACUCAAGUCCAAAUUCUUGGCCAUGGGACUUGACUCCACUGACCUUGUUGCCUUAUCAGGAGCUCACACAUUUGGAAGGGCUCAAUGUGGAACCUUUAGGGACCGAUUAUUCAAUUUCAAUGAGACAGGGCUUCCUGACCCAACCAUAGACGAAAACUACUUAAUAUUACUACAAGAUCUAUGCCCUGAGGGAGGAGACGCGUCUGUGAUAACAAAUAUAGACCCCACCACACCAGAUCAGUUUGACAAAAACUACUAUUCAAAUCUCCAACAACUCAAGGGGCUGUUCCAAAGUGACCAAGAGCUGUUUUCAACCCCUGGAGCUGAUACCAUUGACAUUGUCAACAGCUUCAGUGCAAGCCAAACUGCUUUCUUUCGAAGCUUUGUGAGAUCCAUGAUCAGAAUGGGUAACCUAAGUCCAAUCACUGAUGGUGAUGGAGAAAUCAGACUGAACUGCAGAAAGGUUAAUGAUAUUGCUUCGGUUGGAUCAACUACUUCUGCUGCUUAUGUUUCCUCCAUCUAAUUUGAGAUCAAUAUUUGGUCUUGAUAUAUAUAUAUAAUUAUUAAUAAGAUGAUAUAUAUAUAUAUCAUUUAUUUAUAUGUAUGUGUGUGCAUGUGUUCACAUACAUAUAUAUGUUCUCAAUGUAUUUAAAUUUUUAUAUGUUUGUUAAUAAAUUAAUGAAUGAAUUGUCAUUA